AUGUUCUGCAGAGCUAUCGUACUCCUUCUUGCGGCCUGCCUGGCCACGAUCAGUGGUGCUCGCCCGACAGAAGGAGUUGUCUACUGCCAGCCUGACGAAAGAGCUGAUACCGUCCACACCUCCGGUGAUCCUACCAGCGGUCCAGGCGUCUGGAUUACCCACAACGACGCAGCUGAGGGCAACUACUUCCUCUAUGAGAACUUACGAGAUGCGAAGCCUUGGAAGCACAUCACUAUUCCCCAAGGCGCCCGCCGAUUUGUGCAGCUCUGCCCAACCUGGCAGGGCCGCCUCGUACGUGGUACCGCCAAGGUCAACCUAGACGGAAAGGACCACAAGCUCGGAACAUGGGUUGAGUCCUCCAUGAGUAAUGGCGCAUUGCACGGCGAUGUGUCUUUUCUUCGGGGCUGUGACGGCGGAGCCAAGAUCAUCACGACGGACGGGUCCAAGCUUUCGCGAGGCUGUGAGGGCGACCUUCUGAAUGGAGCCCCUCCUGCGGCUCUUGUCGCCAAGGACAGCGGUGUCAAGGUGCUGGCUGACCUUGAAGGGUCUGGUGAGGCAAAUAACGCAGCGCGGCAGUGGCUGAAGAGUAAGUGCUCGGAAUCACAAGUCUAUUUGGGUCAUGGAGUGGACCCUGUUAUCAAUUCAGUCAACGGGCAGUUGGAGGUUGUCUUCUCUGCCGGCCGAUUCUAG